AUGUCUCAAUCUAGACCGGCUAAGCCUGCUUGCCCAAGUCGAGUUGUUCAAAUAUGUGAAUUCAUUGAUUCUAUACCUUUGUUUGAUCCAAAGAAUUUUGUGCAAUUGUUUCUGGAUUCACCAGACUCUACCUUAGCAAGUCACUGCCGCCUCUGGGCAACAGCUACAGGCUGGUCUUCAACUACUCGGCUUAUGAGAUCAAUCAAAAGAUUUGCAAAAUCUACAGCUGCUGGAACAGCUCUAUGGGAGUCUUUCAUAUCAGACAAGGUUGAGUCAAUUGGGACUUAUCUUAUAUUUGAUAGGUGCCCUAACAUCUCCAUUUUUACUAUGUCAAUUUGCUUCCAUCAGGCUGAGCAAAUAGUAAUUUCUCAGUCAAUGCCCAGCGGCAAGGCCCCGGAUGGCUCUUUUUAUAGCUCUAAAGAAAUUGACCACACCUUCUUUGAAAAAGAUAAUGAAGAAGAAAGAGAGAGAAAAGUUAGGCAAUAUAUGCCAUUCCUCUACAACCUUAUACAAGCAAAAAUCAAAGACACUCAGCUUCAAAGAAAUUCACGAAGAGACUCAGACGUACAACUGAAACAAAAGCAAUCUGAAACAAAUCCUAGAAUUGAAGAGGAUGAUGAUUCUGAUUGUGAUUCUGGACUCACACCUGAAACCAACAAGGAUGGGGAAAACAUUGAUAGAACUAGCGACGAUCCUGCAGCGUUGCUUGACAUGCGUGAUGAUGUUUCCUACCAUUGGGAGACUGAGCGUGAGAUUCAAGACCAAUUUCACCGCAAGUGA